CGUCAAUGUUUUUACACUUUUGGUAAGUACCUUUUCACUUAUGAUUGUUUGAUUCAUGUAAUGUGUCCCACUUAUGCUGUAUUUUCCUUUUUUCCCCAGCAAAUGCACAGAAGAGAGGAAGCUGGGAUGACUGAAGAAAGUCACCAAGCACGAAGAACAGCGCCCAGUUAUGGAUCUUUACUGCAUGGAGUCGGUGGCGGUGGUGAAAGCCCAGACAGACGCGACCAUCCUCCACGAUGACCGGGUCUUGCAAAGCCUGCUGACCGUGGAGGACCGCUUCCUGCCGCAGUGUUCCUACUUCCAGCGCGUCCAGAAGGAUAUUCAGCCGUACAUGAGGCGAGUCGUCGCGGGGUGGAUGCUCGAGGUGUGCGAGGCAGAGAGCAGCGAGGAGGACAUCUUCCCUUUGGCCAUCAAUUAUUUGGACAGAUUCCUUGCUGUGAUGCCCACCAGGAAGCAUUAUCUGCAGCUGCUGGGCGCCGUGUGCAUGUUCCUGGCAUCCAAACUGAAGGACAGCCGGCCCAUCUCCGCCGAGAAGCUGUGCAUGUACACGGACAACUCCAUCUCACCACUGGAGCUGCGGGACUGGGAGCUGGUGGUGCUGGGCAAGUUGAAGUGGAACAUGGCUGCCGUCACCCCUAACGACUUCGUGGAGCACAUCGUGCGCCGGCUGCCCCUCCCCGACGACAAGCUGCCGAUGGUCCGCAAACACACUCAGACCUUCAUCGCCCUGUGCGCUACAGAUGACCGUCUUGCCAUGAACCCCCCCUCCAUGAUUGCCAGCGGCAGCAUGGGGGCCGCAGUCUGUGGCCUGCAGCUCCACCACAAUGACCAGAGGCUGACCAGAGACAACCUGACGGACCUGCUGGCCAAGAUCACCAACACAGAAGUGGACUGUUUGCGUGCGUGCCAGGAGCAGAUCGAGCGCGUCCUGGCUGCCAGCCUGCAGCAGGAGAACCGUGCAAACGGCGGCAACAAGUCCAGAGAGCAGCAGCAGGACCAGUCCAGCACCCCCACGGACGUGCGUGACGUCAAUUUAUGAACCCCGAACCCUUCAACGAACUUGAUUUUGUGUCCAGCGACGGCAUGACAAUCUAAGAAUUUCUAGCAAUUAAGAAAUUUCGAGUUUUCUUUUUUUUUUUUUUUUUUUGGUUUGUUCGCCCCCGAACGCUUCUUGUACGCAUGUAAGGAUCAUGAAACUUGAUAGUGCCUUAGGUCCCCCCUGCCGAGCGGAAGCCUGAAUAUAUUUUCAUACUUGAAGAAAAAUAGCUUAUUAAAUAUAUUCUUUUGACAGCGACAAAAAAAGUGUAUAUUUAGCUAGUAUUUAGUUAUGUUACUCUCUUAGCAUCUUAGCCAUUAUUGAGUUUAAUUGGGGAUUCCGCUAGCUGUUACCGCCGACACCUGUAGUGCUACUGGGGGCGGGGUCAUGCGUGAGAGGAGGAGUGGGCUGGGCCCGCUCACACAGGAAGUGCCGAGAUUGUCGUUCUGAACGGCGGUGAUGACGAGUUGGGGGUUCGCGGAGGUUGCGAGCGGGACAGACGCAGGUGUUGGAGAAGAAUCGGGAAUGUAAGCUAUAUUCUUUUAAAAAAAAAAAAUAAAAAUUUAAAAAAUUAAAAAAAACAGUGGGGAGGAGAAGGUUCCGGGAUGCUGUUGAAGCGUCGCUCUGCCAAAUUAGUUUUGGACUUGUGGAGCGAGGCGUGACAUAGGAACAAUAUUGAUGCACUUUUAAAAAAGAAAAGAAAAGACACUCCUUCAGGAUGCAGAUGGGAUGGUGGUCGAGGAGCCUUUAUUUUGGUUGGUAGGGUCUCUCUCUCUGUUUUUUUUUUUUUUUUUUUUCCCUCCCCCCCCCCUUCCCCCCCUCAUAAGUUAUUUGUUUUUGGGUUAGUUUUUUUUUUUUUUUUUUUUCCUCUCUCUGGGCUGGAUUCCCACACGGGGUGAUGAAAGUUGGUAAUUGAUUAUACGUUGACCAAAAAAAAGACCAGUCAAGUGUAGACUUUUAUUUUGUUUUAUUUAAUCGUACUUGAAUUGCCAUAGCCAAACCUUCCUUUUAUAGUUCUGUUCUGGGGUUGAUUGUUGUUUGCAUUCAACUCUUGGAAUUUUGCCGUCAAAUGUGUGUGUUCGGGCGGGGUUUUCAUGGUGUGAAACUUAAGAUUGUACAUAGAAGUAAGGAAAGUUUAAAAAAAAAAAACACACACACACUUUGUGAAACGUUACUGUUUUGAUUGAGUGUUUUCACAAGUUUGCAAAGAAAAAACUGUCAAAGGGUUGAACAAGUUCAUUCCAAAACAAGAACACAAAAGUUGAUGGGUGUCAUUUCUCUUUGCUGCUACUAAAAGCUUUUUUUUUGGUUUGUUUCCCCCCCCCCUUCUCCUUUUCUUUCCCUCUCCCCCCCCCCCCCUCUCAUUUUAAAAACAAUUAAAUUGUGAUUCACUCGUGUUUGCUGCUAUUAUAUGAUUUUAUUAAUUGUGUAUACUUUACAAGUCUUUUGCUUUGUUUGUUGUCUUUUUGUGACUGUACUAGAGGGAACGCCACAGUUUGGUGGGGGACUGGAAGUACUCGUGUUUAUUUUGUAUCUGUUGAACUCUUGCUGCUUCCUUGUAAUAUGUUUGUGUACCUCAGGUUAAUUUGGACGGAUCGAGCAUUACCUCAUCACACUUCACAUCACACAUUUUUUUUUUUUCCAGAGGGAGGAUGCUUUUGUUUUAAAAUCAGAUUCCACUGUGCUUUAAAUGGCAAGACAAAACAAACAAAAAACAUGUGUGGUGCUGCUCCAAACACGCCCUGUACUGUAUGAUAUUCAUGUAUCAAAAAAAAAAAAAGACCAAAGGUUUUCUUUAUUUUGGAUUUAAGUGGAAUCUUUUUAUUUUUGAGGUAACAGCGGACUGUUUGGUGUAGUUUUGAUCCUCUCCUCUUGUCCCCACACAGUGUACCUCAACAUUUUCUCAAUAAAUUGGCUAAAAUCA